CUCACACCCCUGGAGUAGUGACAGAGCAGGACUGGAGGCAGCUGCAAGUUUCCCUAUUCCUUCCUUCCCGAGAAGUGCACUGUACCUGAAGGAUCUAGCAGCAACCUCCUUUAGCCAGCUGGGGAAGGAGCUGGCAGCCAGCAUUUUGCACUGAGGCAGCUGCUAGCACCAGGGAAACCACGAUGAACUCUCUCUUCAGGAAAAGAAACAAAGGGAAAUACAGCCCCUCGGCACAGAAGAAGAGCAUCUCCAGCAAGGAGCUGUCAGAGCUCAUCGAGCGACUGCAGAAAAAUGCCGACCAGGUGGAAAAAAACAUUGUAGAAGCUGACUCCCGAAUGCAGAAUGACUUACACAAGCUCAAGGCCGGCCAGCCUGCUCAAUACAAGGACCACACAGCAAGUAAACUGACCGAGUCGGAUAAACUCCUCUAUGUUCUGGAUGGGGAUGCAGCAAUUGCCAGGCACAUGAAACACCCACAGGGUGACAUGAUCACAGAAGACAUCCGGCAGCUGAAAGAGCGCGUGGCAAACCUGCGUGCGAAACACGACCAGAUCUACAACUUCACUCCGCAGGACGUGGAGCCGCAGGUCAACUGGUCCAAGGUGAUCGACGAGAAACAGGAAACGUUGAACAGCCAAGGCUUUGGGACCGACCUGCCGCUAGUCAACAGCCAAGUGGAAGAGCACAACAUCUUCCACAAUGAGGUGAUGGCCAUCAGGCCACAUAUCAGCAAGGAACGGGACAAGGAAUAUAUGAGCAGCCUCCAGGUGAAAUACCAGAAGCUGCUGUCAGGGUCCCAGCAGCGGCAGCAGGAUUUGAACUCCCUGCAGGAUUACAUGCAGCGCUGCACAAACAAGCUCUACUGGCUGGAUCAGCAGGCCAAGGACAGAAUGCAUUAUGACUGGAGUGACCGCAACCUGGACUACCCCAGCCGGCGCCGCCAGUACGAGAACUUCAUCAAUCGCAAUCUAGAAGAGAGAGAGGAGGCUGUCAACAAACUGCAUGCGGAGGGAGACCACCUACUAGCCCAAAACCACCCUGGGAAGAACCCUAUUGAGGCUCACAUGGAGGCUGUCCAUGCUGACUGGAAGGAAUAUCUCAACUUGCUGAUCUGUGAGGAAAGCCAUCUGAAAUUCAUGGAGGACUAUCACCAGUUCCAGAAGAAUGCUACGGAUGCCCAGGAGCUGUUGAAGAAGGUGGACACAGACCUGGACCAGAAAUACAACCCUGACUUCAAGGACAGUUACCAGCUAGAGUCACUUCUCAGGGAGCUGGAUGACCAGGAGAAGGCCCUGGACAAGUAUGAGGCAGUGGUGAAGUCCCUGCAGACGCACAGCCUGCAAGUGCUGCCUCUGAAGUACCGCCGGGAGAGCCCGCUCAAGCCCAUACCUGUGGAGGCACUCUGUGACUACGAAGGCGAGGAGGGCCAGGUUACCCGUGGAGCCCGAUACACCCUGACUAAGAACAACGGUGACAUCUGGGAUGUAACAGACAACUCAGGAAACAAGAUCCAUGUCCCAGGGGUCUGCUUCAUGAUUCCUCCCACAGACCCCGAAGCGCUAGCUCUCACGGACAACAUUGCCAGUCAGUAUCAGAGUGUGAAGCAGAAGACAGCCAGCAGCAAGAAUGCACUACAGCAACGCUAUGAAGGGCUGAAGGCUGACGGUGUUGGAGAUGCUGCAUCCAUACAGGUGCGCCAGCUGCUAGCAGGAUUAGACAAAGUGAACAGCGAACUAGACAAGCAGGAGAAGGCAAUAACAGCAAACUUACGCCCCCCGUUGGAGCACAGCCGGGCAGUGCAGGACAGUGCUGAGCGCUCAAAGGACCUUAAGAACAUCUCCAAUGAGGUCCGCUGCAUCGAGCCUGAGAAAGCAAAGAAGAUCCAGGAGUGUGAGGCCUUUAUUGACACAGUACCCAACACUGGCAGUGCCGCCUUGGUGAGGAACAAGGUAGAGGACACUAAGAAGAAGUACGACCAAGUGGUCCAGCUGCUCAGUGCUGCCCAGGAAAAGGUGGAUGUGUCCAAUCGCCUUGAGAAGAGCCUUCAGCAAGGCAGAGACCUGCUGUCUGCAUAUGAAAACAAACUAGUGAUAGAGGAUACUGUGCCAGAGGACUUGGGGACCCUAGAUCAUAAGAAAGAGGAGCUCUUGGCCAUGGGCAUAGAACUGCAGUCCAAGAGGUCUCUGCUUAAUGAGGCAGAGCAGAAUUUGAAAAAAACAAAGAAAUGCUCCAGCACCCUUGCCAGCCGCUUUCAGGAGCACUGCCCCGACCUCGAACGUCAGGAAGCUGAGCUCCACAAACUCAACCAGCGCUUCAACAACCUCAGCAAGCAAAUUGAUCACAGAUCUCAAACCCUGCAGAAAGCAAAAUCAUCCUAUUCCACCUAUCGCUCCGGCUACAAUGAAGUCAACCAGUUCCUUUGUAACAUUCCGAACUAUGAGCCACAGGAGACGGACAACAUCCAACAAGUGGAAACGAAGCUGAAGAACCAAAUGACGCUGCUGGGUGAUAUUGCACGAAAGGAGCAGGAGGUACAGAAAGUCUCUGCUGAUGCCCGGCGGUACCAGCAGGCAGUAAAGGACUAUGAACUGGAAGCAGAGAAGUUACGAUCCAUUCUUGACAUGGAAAAUGGACGGAAUGGCUACAUGAACAAGAGACCCAGAUUCCAGUCUCCAGCUGCCAAAGUGAAAGAAGAGGAAGCAAUUCUGGCUGCUAAAUUCACUGAAGUUAAUGCUGUCAAUAAACAGAGGCUGCAGAACCUGGAAUUUGCCCAGAAUCUCCUGAGGCAGCAGCCAGAGGUACAAGUGAUGCAGGAGUCUGUCCAGACUAGCAAGUCUGAGAGGCCGCAGGAGGAAGUCUGGAAAAUAAUGAAAGAGUUGGAUGACGAGAGUCAGCGUCGACAGCAGCUAGAGGGGGAGAUCAAAACCAUCCAGAACGACAUCCUCCAUCUACAGAAACAGAAGCCCCAGGAAACUGUGCUGAAGAAGGAACUGCUGAAGAAAGUGCCUGACCCUCAGCUGGAUGAGAGCUACCAGAAAAUGCAGCAGAGCCUGGCAGAAGAGGAACGCAAGAACCAGGUGCUACAGGAUGAGCUGGAGGCCCUAAAUCUGAAACUGCGAGCCUUAGAGCACGAGAAGAAGGAAGGGGGCCAGGAGUAUAUCGUUAAGGAAGUCCUGCGUAUUGAGCAGGACAAGGCACAAGCAGAUGAAAUCCUGAAAUUGAAAGAAGAGCUGGAGGACCUCAAGAGGCAGGAAGGAGUCAGAGAAAAUGAGGUCACCCUCCUGCGCCACCAAAUCACCAUGCUAUCUGAUGAGAAGAACAAGGAGCAGGAGAAGGUUACUGAGAAGGAGGUGGUGAAGCUGCAGAAUGACCCCCAGCUGGAGGCGGAAUUCCGGAUGCUGCAGGAGAACAAGGAAAAGGAGAGCACCCUGAGGCAGAAGCAAGAGGAGGAGCUCAGCUACCUGCAGGACAAGAUGAAACGGCUAGAGAAGGAGCGGGCCAUUGCAGAAGGCAAGAUCACAGUCAAGGAGGUGCUGAAGGUGGAGAAAGACCUGGCAACAGAGAGGAAGGUAAACGAGCUGCGACGCCAGUAUGAAGACGAGAAGUCCAAGGGCCGUUCCAAUGAGAGGGAGAAGGCUGAGCUGCUCAGAAAGAUCCAGAUCCUGGAGGAGGAGAAUGCUAAGGUGGUUGUCCAAGAAAAAGUACGUGAGAUAAUGCGCCCAGAUCCCAAGGCUGAAAACGAAGUGGCCAACCUUCGUCUGGAGCUGGUAGAGCAGGAGAGGCGAUACCGAGGUGGGGAAGAGCAGCUGAAGAGCUGCCAGAAUGAGCUGGCUUACCUGAGGAACAGAAGUGGCCAGGUGGAGGUGAAAGAAAUAAUCAAGGAGGUCAUUAAGUACAAGACUGAUCCUGAGACCGAGAAGGAAUUGCGGAGACUCCGGGAAGAAAUUGUAGACAGGACCCGAGCAAUUGAGAGAGCUGAUUUGGAGAUCUACCAGCUGAAGCAAGAGAUUAAGACCUUGAAAGACACCAAACCUCAAGUGCAGAUGAAGGAAGUCGUCCAAGAGAUACUGCAGUACCGGGAAGACCCCAAGACCAGGGAGGAAGUGGAGUCCCUGAGAACACAGCUAGCAGAAGAACAAAAGAAGCACAUUGACUUGGAGAGGGAGAGGCUGCUCCAGGAGGAGAAGAUUAGACAGAAAGAGGAGGAACUCUCACAAGUGAAAGAGAAAGUGGUCCAGCAGGAAGUGGUGAAGUUUGAGCAAGAUCCUGCCUUGAAAGCAGAGAUCAACUGCUUCUCUCAGAGCAUUGAGAGUGAGCUGAAACAGAUAGACUCCCUGCGGGAGGAGCUGCGCAAGCUGCAACGGAAGAGAUCUGAGCUGGAGCGCCAGCUGGAGGAGCUCGAGAAAGAGAGGCAUGCCCGCAGAGAGGCCGAACUUGAGGUGCAGAGGCUGAAGGUCAGACUGAACGAGCUGGAACAGCAGGAGAGGGAGACAACAGAGAGAGUAACCGUGAAACAGAAAGUGAUCCUCCAGCAAGACCCGCAGCAAGAGAAAGAACACUCUCUCCUCAAGCUGGAGCUGGAGGAAGAGAAACACCGAAGGCAAGUCCUGCAGGCUGAGCUGGAAGCCCUGAGGAAGAAGCUCCUCACACUGGAGAAGAUGGAGGUCAAGGAGAAAGUAGUCUUUUCAGAGAGCAUCCAAGUGGACAAAGGGGACACCGAAUAUGAGAUUCAAAAGCUGAAGAGCAACCUGGAGGAGGAGAGUCGGCGAAAGAGGGAGCUGGAUGCAGAUGUCAACCACCUCGAGGCCAAACUAUCUGAGGUGGAGUUCAACAAUUCCAAAUCCUCCAAGGAGCUAGAUUUCUUGAGAGAGGAAAACCACAAGCUCCACCUAGAAAAGCAGAAUCUUCUGUUGGAAACAAGGAGGCUACAGUCCGAGAUUGAGCUCACAGCAACGGAAGCUCGGGAUUUACGGAACAUGACCCAGACUGACAGUGGGGCGAAUCUGGACUCCAGAUUCCAGGCCUUGGAGAGAGAGCUGGAAGAUCUCAAGAAGUUAUCCAGAGAAAAAGAUGCAGAGAUUGAGCAACUUCAGAACCGCCUCAAGACAGUGGCCAUCAAGAGAGAACAGAGAGAGAACCACUUGCGGCGCUCCAUUGUGGUCAUAGACCCUGACACCGGCAGAGAGAUGUCGCCAGAGGAAGCUCAUAAACUUGGCCUCAUUGAAUGGAGCUUGUUUGUCAAGCUGAAGAGCCAGGAAUGCGACUGGGAAGAGAUCUCAAUAAAGGGACCUACUGGGGAGUCCUCUGUGAUCCUCGACAGGAAGUCUGGCCAAGAAUUCUCCAUUGAGGAUGCCUUAAAGAGUGGAAAGUUAAGCAUGGCUCAGUACAAUCGUUACCUGAACAAGGAGAUGUCCAUCCAAGAGCUGGCGGUACUGGUGUCUGGAAAGAAGUAGUUACAAUGUUCCCUCCACUCUAUAUUGAAAAUUUUCUUAAGCAGCUUGCUCAGAGCGGCGCUUGUUACAAUUCCAGAAUGCUGCAAUCCUUUGUGUCUUCCAAAAUGCUAUAGCCUUUGCACAGUCCAACAUGAGGCUGCCAUGAAGUCAUGCUGCUUGCUGCAUCCAUUGCAUAAGAGCACUGCCAUGCCAGAGGUGGAAAAUGCAUUUGUCAACAUUACAUUAACCUUUCUUCCCCACUACAACCUUACCUAAGUACUCACGCCAACAGAAAACAAACAAAAAAUCAUCUUCUGAUGUUGUUUAUUAAUGUGCUCUCAAAUUUAGCAACUGAAAAAAGGCUGCACAUUCCUUUUUUAUUUUUAUGUCAAAUACGUACUUCUCUCUAGAGGAUACUGCAAAGCUGUAUAUAGAACCACUGGAAAGAGACAAAAGGUCAAGACGACCCAGAACAGUAGAGGGAGCCUCGUAAGCCACUCACUUGUAUGAAAAUCUAGGGAGAUACUUUCAUUAUGUAGUUGAAUGAAUGGUGGUAUUGUCAUCUGAGAAAGGCAGUUAAGUGCACAAAAAAUGAAAUUUACAUCUUCACAGUCAUGAUACUCAAAUCUAAUCAAAGUUGAUUCAGACAUACUUCUAUCACCUCAGUGCCUCUAAUGCCAAAGGAGUGGGGGACAAAAAGAAUUGUAAUUUGAUACAGUAAUUCCUAGAUUAAAAGGAGGUAUUUUCAUAUGACAUCACCAGAAAUAUGUAAAGAGAUGUCAAUAUUAUGUAGUAAAGCAUGCUCCUGUAACCUAAUGCAGAGGUGCCUUCUGAAUAGUCAUGCUUACCUCAUGGUUAAAAGCCACUCAUACCAAUAUUUUAUUCACUAAAGUUACGUUCAGCUAUAUGUAUCAUUUAUUUGUGUAAGGGAAUGGGAAAUAUGGGGAAAUUCUAUUUAUAGUACAAAAUAAAAAUGCAGUGGUUUAAAUCAGUUUAUUUUUAAAUCAAUUUAUUUUUAAAUUGAUGCCUGCCUUUUGAUCUAAUGCCUUAAAGGAAAGGAACCCAAAUUUCAGAAUCAAAGGCAAACUUUCACCCAACACUUACAUUUAUUUAAGAAAUGUGCAUAUUAAUGUUGUACCUAUAUCUUUGGAAAAAACACAAAUUGCUUGUUGGUAAGUUUACUAGCAAGAAAGGCCUGCAGCUGAUCAUUAGCAUGUUGUCCUGACCCUUGCAGCUACUGGAAAAGGUGAAUUACAGGCCAAUUUUGCUUUUGGGUUAGAGUUUCGGAAUUUCUGCCUUACCAUCCAGCUCUGCUAUGAAAAAAGGAUACUAAAGAGAGCACCUGUGGGGCUCCAUGUUUAUUGCAUCAUGGGAUUUCUUGAUCCCGUGUGCUCAGUUUACAAAUGGAAGAGCUUUUCCUGCAAUCUCAGUUUAGGAGCUGAAAGGCAAGCUGGGUUUUUCCCACCUCACAUAUCCUCCUGGGUAGUACAGGUUCUGCAGGCCAAAUGCUGCCUUUAGUGAUACCCACGGGGAUGUGAUCUUAAUAACGUCCUGAGUGCCACCUGUGCAAUGCCAUCGCCGUUAAGAAACUUACACAGGUGUAACUGAUUGGAACCUGGUACACAGUUCUGCUCACUUUCCUGGAGCUCUGCUGACUCUACUGUGCAGGGCUAAGAACACUAAAAAUGUAUUUUACACCUAACCCUGCUCCCACUAAAGUCAAUAAGAGAGUUUUGCCAUUGACAGUGACAGGAGCUCGAUUGGGCCUUAGAUCACCAUUAUUAAGCUAAAAGGAUGGUCCCUCCCAGCAGAUGUAACACACACAGGAAUAGGUCUGUUGAGUAAGAAGAUGUCAUUCUACUACAAUGGCAAUUUAAGAGUUACAGCCGUAUUUUAAAAGGACUUGGUCAUUUAUAAAACAUCGGCUAAAAUGCAUACUAAUAAUUAGUCACCCAGUGAGUGGUUAGAGACAGCAAUACAGUCACGAAGAUGAUCUUCCAGUCAAAUUACAUUGGAAGUGAAGAGACUGAAAAGAGCAUUUUGGAAACUUUGAAACAAAUUUAUUCAAUUCCUCUGUACAAGAUCGACAGUUUUCACACCACCCCCAUCAUUGUCAUCGAGACAGUCCCAACCCAACACUCACAACAAAAAAAGUAAAUCGCAGCUCUUACACACAACAGAAACUGCCAUACUAAGUAAGUGCCGGUGGGAGGCUCGCCCCCCACCAUAAAGAAAACAGCUAACAUUGCCUAGUCAAGACAGAGAUCCCAGAUGCUCUGCUCCCCAGGGCUUGUGAUCUCAUUCCGUAUUUCUGCCUUGCCACGGCGGUUUAAUUCAUUCACUCGUUCAUUACAGCAUGUAAAGAAAAUAAAUCCCACAGAAUUUCCACCGAAUAAACAUUUCCCUGAGGCAAAGGCUUUGCUAAAUUCCUAAAACAAGGGCAUUCUGCUCCAGCUGCGACGCACAAACGUGCUUCCCAGCAGAAACACCAAAGUGAAAGCAAAGAGAGGGAGUGGAACCAGUACCUUGGGUUGCUCAUUAAGGGCUAGGAUCCUGUCAGGUGUUUGAAUGCCCUUUCAGCUGCCACUGGCUUCAGUGGAAGUUGAAGGUGCUUGAUACCUUUCAGGAUUAGGUCCUAAAUGGGAACCAUGCAACAUCCACUGCUCAGAGUCCAUCGAUAACUGCUGUACUCUAUCUUAGUAACGCAAAUUCUGUCUUUGGCUCUUUUGCUACAACUUAGAAAUAUUUUCUUUUUUUUGUAAACAAAUUUUAACUCUGAGCUGCAUUUUUAAAGAAAAAUAUGAACAGUGAAGUGAUCUUGAGAAGUCCUUUAUCAGAUCCACUUCCAAACAUGUCUCUUGGGUCUUACUAACA